AUGGCAAAACAUCUGAUUCAAAUAGCGAUAUUAGGUUCGCAAGUAAUUGGUCGAGCAUUCACACGUGCACUUCGUCAAGAACUACAAUAUGCAAAAACUGCACAACAGAGCGGUAAAACAACAGCCAAUACUGUCCAAGCUGAUCGUGUCGCUGGCAUGACUCUUCAAGAAGCGAAACAAAUUCUUAAUAUCAGUGAUGCAGAUUUUGAUGAUGUUGAGAAAAUUAAAAAAAACUAUGAACAUUUAUUCAAUCUCAAUGAUAAAACAAAAGGUGGCUCGUUUUAUUUGCAAUCGAAAAUUUAUCGAGCAAAAGAACGUUUGGAUCAAGAAGUGAGAGUAUCAGCAACAGAGAAUUCAAAAAAUUCUAAUCGGUAUAAACAAAAAGAGGAUCCCAGUGAUUCGCCUCCGAGUUGA